AUGCGCCCCCGCGAUUUCACGGGGAUCGGUGAACUUACCAUCAGCACUUCUUUCGCUUUUCCUUCAACAAGCCAGCCAUUCAUAUUCCUCACGAUGGCAUCUGUGGCUUACUACGAGCUCUACCGCGGGAGCAGCCUCGGGCUGUCUCUGACCGACACGCUUGAUGACUUGAUCAACGAAGGACGUAUCGAGCCGCAGCUUGCGAUGAAGAUCCUGGGAACCUUUGACAAGGUCGUUACUGAAGUCCUUGCAGACAAGGUUCGGGCGAGACUGACCUUCAAGGGCCACCUCGAUACCUACCGAUUCUGCGACGAAGUGUGGACUUUCUUGAUCAAGGACGUCUCGUUCAAGUUGGACAAUCAGACAACUGUUACUGCGGAGAAAGUCAAGAUCGUGAGUUGCAACAGCAAGCGACCUGGAGAGGUAUGA